AUGCACCUAAAUGGGUCGGGAGAGUAUGCAGUGGCAGUUGUGCAGCUUCUUAUGGGUCUGGAUCUGGUAGAAGUGUGGAUAACUCAAAUGCAGUAUGGCGAUUAUGUCGGAGAAGACACUGAAACAGAGACUUAUGACUACAAUGUUGAUGAGACUGUACAACAACAGCAACAACAACAGCAAACUGCUUUUAAUGUGGCUCACAACAACAGAGUAUGCAGCACCUGGGGUAACUUCCACUUCAAAAACUUUGAUGGGGAUAUCUUUUACUUCCCGGGUACCUGCAAUUAUGUUUUUGCUUCCCACUGCAAGAGCACCUAUGAGGAAUUCAACAUCCAGAUGCGGCGGACUAUUGUGAAUAAUGUUCCUUCCGUUGAAAAGAUCAGCAUGAAACUUGAUGGGCUUAUAGUGGAAUUAGACCGCAACAUCGUUAUAGUGAAUGGCAAUACAGUCCAGCUGCCCUUCAGUGGUUCUGGAGUUCAGAUAGAGAAACAUGGUGUAUACCUUACAGUGACCUCCAAACUUGGCCUGGUCUUCAUGUGGAACGAUGAUGACAGCCUCUUGCUGGAACUGGAAUCUAAGUUUGCCAACACAACCUGCGGAUUGUGUGGAGAUUUCAAUGGCAUUUCCAUCCACAAUGAGUUUGUUGCCAAUGGCAUUCAGAUGACGGCAGCUCAGUUUGGAAACCUGCAGAAGUUGGAUGGACCCACAGAACUGUGUCAUGAUGUGCCACCCACUCCCAAAAGCAACUGCACUGACUAUGAGAAAAUUUGUGAAUCGGCCCUCCUUAGUUCAACCUUCCAAAGUUGCCAUCCCUUGGUGGCUGCAGAGCAAUAUAUUGAAGCUUGUGUGCAAGAUCUGUGCCGAUGUGAAGGCAAAAAUAUAAGCCUUUGCCUGUGUAAUACCUUUGCUGAAUACUCAAGGCAGUGUGCCCAUGCUGGAGGACACCCAGAGAAUUGGAGAACAAACGAUAAAUGCCCCAAAACUUGUCCUUACAACAUGGUAUAUCAGGAAUGUGGAUCCCCUUGUGCUGACACUUGUAGCAACCCAGAAAGGGCAGUUCUUUGUGAGAACCACUGCAUGGAAGGCUGCUUCUGUCCUCCAGGAACUGUAUUUGAUGACAUUAACUACUCAGGCUGUGUUCCUCUUAAAACAUGCUCCUGUACUUUCAAUAGUAAUGCCUAUGCUGCCGGAACAUCUUAUGCAACACCUUGCAGUGCUUGCAUGUGCUCAGGAGGAAAAUGGUCAUGUAAUAAUCUACCAUGCCCAGCCAGUUGUUCCAUUGAAGGAGGGUCUCAUAUUACCACCUAUGAUCAAACUCAUUACAGCAUUCAUGGUGACUGCAACUAUGUUCUAUCCAAGGCAUGUGAUGGAGAGUCUUUCAUUGUACUGGCGGAAAUGCGUCAAUGUGGUUUGACUGAAAGUGAAACUUGCCUAAAAAGUACAACUAUCAUCCUUAAUGGAGGCGAAACUAUUAUUGUGAUCAAGCCAUGUGGCAGUGUAUUUGUCAACAGCGUCUAUAGUCAGCUGCCCGUAUCUGCAGCCAAUGUCACCAUCUUCAGACCAUCCUCAUUCUACAUCAUUGUUCACACAAAUCUUGGAGUACAGAUAGUGGCUCAGCUCACUCCAUUCAUGCAGGUCUAUGUUGCCCUGAACCCAGCAUAUAAGGGCCUGACAUGCGGUCUCUGUGGAAACUUUAAUGACAAACAGUCAGAUGACUUCCAGACAAUCAGUGGUGUAAUUGAAGGCACUGCAGCUUCAUUUGCCAACACCUGGAAAACCCAGGGAACCUGUUCAAAUGUUAAAAACGUUUAUGAAGACCCUUGUUCACUUAGUUUGGAAAAUGAGAAGUAUGCACAACACUGGUGUGGUCUUAUUUCUGAUCCAACUGGACCAUUUGCUGCCUGCCAUGCUACUGUUAAUCCGGUUGUUUACAAAGAAAACUGCAUGUUUGACACCUGUAAUUGUGAAAAAAGUGAGGACUGCAUGUGUGCCUCCCUCUCUUCUUAUGUCCGGGCUUGUGCCACUAAAGGAAUCAUACUGACUGGAUGGAGAGACAAUGUUUGCACCAAGUACAUGAACACUUGUACCAAAUCAAUGAACUACACCUACUCCAUCAGUACCUGCCCACCAACCUGUCGUUCUCUCAGUGAACCUGAUGUCACCUGCAGUAUCAAAUUUACACCUGUUGAUGGCUGCACCUGUGCCCAAGGAUUUUACAUGGAUGACAGUGGCAAAUGUGUCCCUGCCGCUGCCUGCCCAUGUUACUACAAGGGAUCUCCUGUGCCUUCCGGAGAAAUUGUCCAUGAUAACGGCAUUAUGUGCACUUGCGCCCAGGGAAAAUUGAGUUGUAUUGGAAAUAUUGAACCAGCCUGCAAAUCUCCAAUGGUCUACUUUGACUGCAAGAAUGCCACAGUUGGCACCAAAGGUUCAGAGUGCCAGAAAAGCUGUCAGACCUUGGAUAUGGCUUGUUAUAGUGCAAAAUGUGUCUCUGGCUGUGUGUGCCCUGAUGGUCUAGUUGCAGAUGGAAAAGGAGGUUGCAUUAGGGAAGAAGAUUGUCCAUGUGUACACAAUGAUGCCACUUAUCAGCCAGGGGAACAAAUUAAAAUGAAAUGCAACACCUGCACUUGUAAGAAUAGGAUGUGGCAGUGUACCAACAACCCAUGCUUGGCUACCUGUGCUGUGUAUGGGGAUGGACACUAUAUCACCUUUGAUGGCAAACGCUACAGCUUUAGUGGAGACUGUGAAUACAUACUUGCCCAGGACCAUUGUGGCCAGGCUGCAAAUGGCAGCACUUUCCGUGUCAUCACUGAGAACAUCCCAUGUGGCACUACUGGAACAACAUGCUCUAAGAGUAUUAAAGUCUUCAUGGAGAACUAUGAACUUGUUCUGACUGAGGAACACAUUGAAGUGGUGGAAAGGGGUAUUGGAGGAGUUGUACCCUACAAAGUCAGGCACAUGGGAAUCUAUCUUGUCAUUGAGGCUGACAAUGGACUCAUCCUGAUGUGGGACAAAAAGACAAGCAUAUUUAUCAAGCUCAGCAAAGAUUUUGAGGGUAACGUUUGUGGUCUGUGUGGUAAUUAUGAUGGAAAUGGAAACAACGACUUUACAACAAGGAGCCAGUCUGUGGUUGGCAAUGUUGCCGAGUUUGGCAACAGCUGGAAAAUUGCUCAGUCAUGUCAAGAUGCCAAAGUACCUAAAGAUUCCUGCUCUACCAACCCAUACAGGAAGUCCUGGGCACAGAAACAAUGUAGCAUCCUUAACAGUCCAGUCUUCUCUGCCUGCCAUGCUCAGGUUGAUCCAUCCAAGUACUAUGAUGCUUGUGUGACUGACGCUUGUGCAUGUGACUCUGGUGGGGACUGUGAGUGCUUCUGUACAGCUGUUGCUGCUUACGCCCAGGCCUGUGGGGAAACUGGAAUCUGUGUUUCUUGGAGAACACCCAACAUCUGCCCUCUCUUCUGUGACUAUUACAACCCUGAAGGAGAGUGUGAGUGGCACUACAAACCCUGUGGAGCUCCUUGCCUGAAGACCUGCAGGAACCCCAGUGGAAAGUGUUUGCAUGAGCUUGGAGGCUUGGAAGGAUGUUACCCUAGCUGUCCAGCUGCUAAAUCAUUCUUUGAUGAAGAUGAAAUGGACUGUGUAGCUCAGUGCGGUUGCUAUGAUGACGAAGGAAAUCAUUUCAGAGUUGGGCAAACUGUACCCUCUAGUGAAAACUGCCAGACAUGUGUAUGCAGCCAGUCUGGUGUGGAGUGUAAAUACCAGAAAGAAGGAACAACAAUAACUCAGAGCACUCUCUGUGUCAAAGAAGAGUGCAAGUGGUCUGAGUGGAUUGAUGCCAGUUAUCCUCAUUUUGGAAUGGAAAAUGGCGAUUUUGACACGUAUGAAAAUAUAAAAGCUAAAGGAUACUCUAUCUGCAGCCAUCCUAAAGACAUUGAAUGCAGAGCCGAGAGGUUUCCUAAUGUGCCGCUUUCAGAGCUUGAGCAAAAUGUACACUCCAACAACGAAAACAACAACACAUUCAACAACAACAUCAGCUACAACCCCAGAGAUCACUUCAACUCCAUCCACAACAACAGAGCCAACCACUAUUUCAACAGUUUGUCAACCCAAAUAAUCGACUACUACUCCAAAAUCAACAACAACAGAAACUACACCUAUUACCACUGUAACCACAACCACAGAACCAACUACUACUCCAAAACUAACAACAACAGAAACUACACCCACUACCACUGUAACCACAACAACAGAACCAACUACUACUACAAAACCAACAACAACAACAGAAACUACACCCACUACCACUGUAACAACAACAACAGAACCAACUACUACUACAAAACUAACAACAACAGAAACUACACCCACUACCACUGUAACCACAACUACAAAAUCAACUUCUUCUCCAGUACCGACAACAACAGAAUCUACACCCACUACCACUGUAACCACAACCACAGAACCAACUACUACUCCAAAACCAACAACAACAGAAUCUACACCCACUACCACUGUAACCACAACCACAGAACCAACUACUACUCCAAAACCAACAACAACAGAAUCUACACCCACUACCACUGUAACCACAACCACAGAACCAACUACUACUCAAAAAACAACAACAACAGAAACUACAACCACUUCCUCUGUAACCUCAACCAUAAAACCAACUACCACUACAAUACAGGAAUCUACUCCCUGUCAGCCCCAAUUGAGAUAAAUUACCUUCACUCCAGUCCCAUGGACACAGGGGAGAAAUUAUCUACAACAAGACUGAUGAAGCCGGUUGCUCUUUCUAUGCUGUUUGCAAUGAUGUCUGCGUACUACAUGUACAAAAAAUGCAACUACUCCUAUAACUACUCCUACAACUACUCCUACAACUACUCCUUCAACUACUCCUUCAACUACUCCUUCAACUACUCUAACCACACCAGUAGAAGGCUGUCCACCAAGAAAGAGGUGCAGGGUAUUCUCGCCAGCUAUAAAGGAGGAAUCAACUGCAAUAGAACCAAUGAGACAUGGAUAAAUGACAAGUGUGAACAGGUCACAUGCCAAGGAAACAAUAUCACUAUCCACAAGCCAGUGACAUGCCCAGAGAUCAAACCGAUAAAUUGUGCUAAUGGCUUCCCACCAAUUAAGAAAAAGAGCGCAGAUGGUUGCUGUGACUACUACGAAUGUCAAUGUGUCUGCAGUGGGUGGGGUGAUCCACAUUACAUAACCUUUGAUGGAACCUACUACACAUUCUUGGACAACUGCACAUAUGUUCUUGUGCAGCAGAUCACUCCCAAGUAUGACAACUUCCGAGUCCUGGUUGACAACUAUUUCUGUGAUGCUGCAGAUGGCUUGUCCUGUCCACAGUCUAUCUUGGUCUACUAUAAAUCCAAUGAGAUUGUGUUAACACGUAUGUUAUACCAAGGAAGGAUGAAAAACAGGAUUAGGUUCAACAAUGACUGGAUCGUUCCUGGUUUCACCAAGGAUGGCAUUACCAUCACCAGUGCUGGUAUCAACAUGAAUGUGGAAAUUACAGAAAUAGGUGCCUUCAUUUCAUUCAGCGGAAUGAUUUUUGUAAUUAAACUGCCAUUUAGUAAAUUUGCUUACAACACAGAAGGACAAUGCGGUACUUGCUCCAACAACCAAACUGAAGACUGCCGAUUGCCAAGUGGCAAGAUUGUAACAGAUUGCUCUGCAAUGGCUCCUAAAUGGAGGGUCAAUACUACAACACCUGGCUGCAAUAAACCACCUCCUGUAACACCAACACCACCUCCAAUACCAACUCCAACACCAACUUGUCCACCUUCACAGCUAUGUGAAGUUAUCUUAAGCGAACAUGUGGAAAGUAUUAAUACCGAUAAAACUGAAGGCUGCUUCUGCCCAACAGGAAAAAUGCUUUUCAAUUUCUACAGUGAUACUUGUGUCAAGAGCUGUGUUUGUGUUGGUCCUGAUGGAAUGCCCAAAUAUUGUGAGCAACUGUCUUGUCCUAAAUUAACACCCAUCUCCUGUGAAAUGGAAGGCUUCAUCCCUGUCACUCGGCCAAACCCAGAACAACCAUGCUGUAUGCAGACUGAGUGUGGUGUAAUGCCAGUCUGUGUUUUCCAUGAUGAAAUUUAUAAGCCUGGACAUGUAAUACCUCAAGUUCCAGAUUCCUGUCAUGAGUGUGUAUGCUCGUAUGACAUAGAUGCAUUGACCUUACUACACUCGGUGAACUGCACACCCAUUUCCUGCAAAAAGGAAUGCGACAAGGGCUUCAAAUACGUGGAGGAUGAGCAUGAUUGCUGUGGUCACUGUGUACAGGUUGAUUGUAUAAUGAAGAUGAAAAAUGAUGAGAUUAUGAUUUAUCCGUCUGGUGAGACCUGGAGCUCCUCUGAUGACAACUGUACUUACCACCAAUGUGUCCAGGAUGCAGACCAUUUAAUCAUCCACACCACAACCAAGGAAUGUGCUGUUUCUAGUGAUGAAGAUUGUCCAUUGGGCUCUACUUUUGAGAAGACAAAGGGGGGUUGCUGUGGCAUUUGUGUACCGGUGUCUUGCGUAAUGAAACUGAAGGACAAUACUACACAGAUUAUUCAGGGCUUCAGGUUGGAGAAGGCUGAUGGGGAAUGCUGUGGAAAAUGUGUACAGGUGGUUUGCAUAAUGAAAAUGAAGGACAAUACUACAAAGAUUUUGCAGUCUGGUGAAACAUGGAGCACACCUGAUCAACCAUGUGUCAAAUAUGAGUGUGACAUUAUCGAGGGCCAGUUCGUCCCAACAGAAGUCAGAAGAGCUUGUACUAUUGAAGAUUGCCCACUGGGCUACAAAUAUGAGACAACACCAGGAGAGUGCUGUGGACAUUGUGUAAAGGUAGCAUGUGUUAUGAAAAUGCCGGACAACUCUACACAAAUCCUGAAGCCUGGAGAAGUGUACGUUCCACCAGAAGACAAAUGUUCCUCAUUCGAAUGUACCAGCUCCCUUGAUACUAAAGAAAAAACCACAACAUGCCAGGCUUUCAAUCUUAAAGACUGUUUGGAGGGUACAAUCAGGACUACAGAAGAUGGCUGCUGCAAGACUUGUGAUGUUGCCCUAAGAGGAUGCCAGGCUCAUAAACAGUCUCGUCAAAUCAAGUCUGGAGCUUGUGAAUCAGAUCAAGUUGUGGAGCUUUCAUACUGUGGUGGUGGCUGUAUGACAUCGUCCAUGUACUCUGCUGAAUCUAACAUAAUGGAGCACAAGUGCAGCUGUUGUCAAGAAGUAAAAACAAGCAAGAAGGAAGUGAAUCUGAAAUGUCUGGAUGGAACCAGUACUGUCUACACUUACCUCUAUGCUGAGGAGUGUGGCUGUACCACCACAGAAUGUGAUAAUGGCACUCAGACCUCCAUAUCACAGGAAGAACAGCAAACUCCUGAUGAAACCUGGAACCCACCUAAUCAACCAUGUGUCAAAUAUGAAUGCCACAUUAUUGAGGACCAGCACAUCCCUGUGGAAGUCAGAAGAGCUUGUCCAGUUGAGGACUGUCCACUGGGCAUCGAAUAUGUGGAGCCUGAAGACAAAUGCUUGUGUUUCUGUGGACCAGUGGCUUGCGUAAUUAAACUAAAGGACAAUACUACAAAGAUUGUGCAGGACUACGAAUAUGAGACAACACCAGGAGAGUGCUGUGGACGUUGUGUAAAGGUGGCAUGUGUAAUGACACUGUCAGACAAUUCUACACAAAUCCUGAAGCCUGGAGAGGUAUACACUCCACCAGAAGACAAAUGUACCACCUACAAAUGUACCAGCACCCUUGAAAUUGUAGGAGGGACCAAGCCAUGUCCAGCUUUCCAUCCUGAAGACUGUCCACAGCCUAAAGAGGUGUACGUUCCACCAGAAGAUCAAUGUGCCUCCUAUGAAUGUACCAGCACCUUUGAAAUUGUAGGAGUAACCAAAACAUGCCCAGCUUUCAAUCCUAAUGACUGUCUGGAGGCAUCGGAUCACGAAGGCCAACAUCCUUCAUCAGCGGAAGAGGUCCCCUUCUACAUCAACAAAUUGCCACAACGAGCUGACCUCAAAUCGGUGGUGAGUGAGAUUAAGAAUGCUCUAUCGGAUGCGGUUUCGGGUCUGAGAUCAGACAUUAAAUCAAUAGCGGAUCGCCUAUGCGUGGUGGAGCAAGAUGGCGCCCAGCGGGAUGAAAAAAUCAUAAUCAACAGACGUGCCAUCUCCUCGCAUACUACCCAUCUCGUUACCAUGCAGAGGCACAUAGAGGACCUGGACAAUCGGGGGCGCCGCCGCAACAUCAGAAUCAGAGGAUUGCCUGAGUCGGUGGAACCGGAGGGCAUACAAGCGGCUCUACAGGCGAUCUUCAACGAGCUCCUGGACAGGCCUCUAGAUUCGCCAAUAGACCUGGAAAGAGCACAUCGCGCUCUACGUCCUCGAGGCAGAGACACCGAUCUGCCGAGAGACAUCAUCUGCUGCUUUCUCAGUUUCCAACUCAAGGAAAAGGUGCUGUUUAGAUCAAGGCAAAGACCCUCAUUGAUGUAUAAUGGGACAGAAAUCAAACUCAUCUAA